UUCUCUUUUUCUUGCAUGUUAUACCUGGCCCUGUGGGCUGUGAUACUCUCAGGACAGUGCCAUGGGCUGCAGGCAUGCCAGGUAGCAGCAGAUAGGGCAUUCUUUGGAGAUAUGUGCCCUUCUCUUGGCAGUUACCUUUGGAUCCAAUAUCACUGUGUAGAAGGUCUGCAAGUGAUUGUGCCUGACACAUGUUUCAUUUCUGACAAUAUCACCAUCUCCCUGACAUGGCUGCUCUCACCCUAUACCGGAAACCUAUCCUGCGUUAUCAGCACGGGGGAUGGAACAGCUAUUGAUCCGUAUUACCCCCCAAGCAGUUUGUCUAGCAAUGUGACUCAUCGGUUUACAUCUCCUGGAGAGUUUACUAUUUUUGUGGAGUGUACAGCCAGUGAGUGGCACGUGAGUGCCCAGAGGCAAGUGACUGUGCAGGACAAGAUGGAGAAACUCAGUGUGACUGGAUGUUAUAAUCAAUGGGAGUCAGAAAUCAGCUCCCACUGCAGAACUCUCUAUGGAGCUGCUUUAUGGGUACAAGUUGAACUUGAUGGAGGAACUGGAAUAACUUAUACAAUAUUGUCAGAAAACAUCACUCUGACAGAAUCCUCCAUCCAGAAAGGGGUUAUCCCACAUAACCUGACUCUGGUUAGUGCAGGACAGCCAUUGCUUCAGCCAGGAGUUCACCAUCUGAAAAUUCAAGCAGUCAGCAACACCACCACCUCCAAACUUUCCAAAGACCUCAUUGUUCAUAUUGUUGAGCCACUGUCCGGUCUCCAGGCUUUUUGGAUUUCUGACCACUUGGAGCUGGGACAAGACCUUCUCAUUAAUGUAUCUGUGGCCCAGGGAUCCCCUGAGGAAUUGAUAUUUGAGGUAACAGGAGCCACUGGAAAUUUCUCCUAUGUGAGAGAGUGCUUGGGCAAAGAAUCCAGAAUUUACAGCAUCCCCAUUCCGGCAAAAGGAACUUUUUUGGUCACAGUGCUUGCUCAAAACAUCUUCUCAAACUUGAGCUCGAUAAUUGGGAGAGUCAGUGUAUCUGCUAAGGAGUCUGUCCAUGAAGCUAUUCCUGCUAACCAAGAGCCAAUCAAGAUGAACUUCCAGAAGGAAAAUAAGGACAAAGAGAAAAGCCAACUGUAUAUUAAGCCAAGUCGUUAUGUGGACCCUUUCACCACGGUGACUCUGGGCUGGCCAGAUUACAACAAGAGUCUGAACUUUGUGUGGUCAUGUGGGCGCUGCUGGCCUCAGUGGAAGGAGUGUGUCCAGCAGCAGCUGCUCGUCACUGGCCAAAGGGAGAUGCUGAUAGAGCCUGCCUGCCUUCCUCCUCCCAACUCAGCCAUCACCCUCCGCAUCCUGGUGCAUGGCACACAGGGAGAACAGUGGCAGGAUGAGCAGUGCCUGUAUGUGACAGGAGAACAGAAGCUACAUCCUCAGAUCAGUUGUGAAAAGAACUGCAAACCAGUGAAUGUGAGUGAAGAAGUCAUGUUGAGAGUCACUUGUGAUGAUCAAGAGUCUGUGAUAUAUAGUUGGUAUUUAGAUACCUCCUUCCAGGAAAAGGUGAACCUCCUUCCUGCUGUCUGUGGUCUCAGUGGAUUUAGGCCAAGUUCCUUAAAGUUGCUGCAAAGAAACACCUCCAUCUUGCUGUUGAGCAGUUACUUCCUGUCUGAAUUCAGGGCCUCAGCCACUGGUGCAAUUCGAAUUAAAGUCACAGCAAUGACUGAGUGGGCUUAUGGAGAACAGACCUACAUCAUCAGCACUCUUCAUCCUCCUGAGGUUCCAGCUUGUUCUGUCAUUCCAGAGCAGGGGACUAUUCUGACAAGCUUUGAGAUCUCCUGCAACACAUCUGCAGAGCCUGGCUUACUCAUCUAUUGUUUCUGCCUUAAACCAGAUUCAUGCUUCUAUUGUGGUCAUGAGCCAGAACUUCCAUCACUUUAUCUGCCACUUGGAAAGGAAGAAAAUAACUUUGUUUUGAAGAUUCUCAUUUCUGUUGCUAAUAAGGCUGGAGACACAGUACAUACCCAUGUAGCAGUCAAGGUAGAACAAGAAGACAUAAUCAAGGAAAACCGGACACUCCUUGCUCUAAUGUCAGAGAAGAUAAACAACACACCAAUAGGAAAGAACAGCAGCGUGGCACUUAUCCAGUUGUCUAAGUCAGUGUCCUCCAUCUUGAAUCUGGGGGACUGGGAUGAAAGCUUCCCUCCAUCUCUGAGAGCCCACCCUGCACAGGUGAUCAGAGAGCUCAUGUUGAGGACCCUGGCUUCUAUUCCUGCUGAUGAAAUACAUCUGGCUCUGGGGAUGGCAGAGGCACUGAAAGAUGUCACCUUUCACCAUGAAAAUCUCUCCCCAUUAGCCCAGCUGAUGGCCAGCUGUGUGCUUCAGAAUGUCAGCAAGUUUCUGGCAAUGGGGAUGUCUAGCCCUGAGGACGGCACUAUCAGACAGAAGCAUCAGAUGACAGCCACACACCUGUUUCAUGCAGUGGGAAAUGUGCUUGAAGCAUCGAGGAGCCAGCAGCCUGAAGUGCCACUGGGCUCUGAUACCAGCCAGGUGGUUGUGCAUCUGCUCAGUGCCCUGGAGAAUCUACAGAGUGCCCUCCUAUUGGGAAGGCCUCCUAGAGACCAUCCCAUCAUGCUGAGUAUACCCACCAUGUCCAUGUAUGUCAACAGGGUGCAGCCACAAGGUCUGGAUGGUGCUUCCUUUCAUCUCAACACAAGCAAUUCGGCUGUCUUCACUCUGCCCAGCAUUGCCUCCCUCAGCUACUUGGGGGAUGAUGAUGAUGAACCUGUGGACAUAAGGAUGGUGAGUUUUCCGAAGAAUCCCUUCCCUGCAAGUGACAAUUUUGAUAUUCAAGGGAGUGUUGGAGGUCUUCAUCUGACCAGUCCUGGGGGUCAGCUCAUCCCAGUAAAAGAUUUGAAAGACAAUAUUGAGAUAGUAUUGCCUCGAUUUACAAAGUUAAAGGACACACAGACUAUACUGAACUUGACAACUUCUUCCACUUUGCAAGUGAACAUGACCUUUGGAAAUGCUUCUCUGGUGAUCCAUCUUGAGUGGGACUUUGAUCUUCCCCUUAUACUGUACAUGGGCUAUGGCUAUCAUCCCAAUGAGACCAACUAUGAUGUCAAAACUCAUCUUUAUCCAAAGACUGAUCAUACAGGUAAGCUGGCCACCUGGAUCUUAAGUGCUGAAGAGCUGUCUUUUGGAGAAGGAACCUAUUAUGUGAAAGUAAUUCCUGCACCCAUUUUGGAACCAGCUGCCCACCAUGAUGCCAUUGUUAGCAUUGCAUUCUUCAUUUCUCAGUGUGUAUUCUGGGAUGAACUCCAGGAGGAUUGGAGAAGUGAUGGGUGCCAGGUGGGUUCCCAGACUUCCCUUUAUAGCACCCACUGUCUCUGCAACCAUCUCACCUUCUUUGGAAGCACUUUCUUUGUGAUGCCCAACAUUGUGGAUGUGAGCCAAACAGCCGAGCUCUUUGACACCUUUGUGGACAAUCCUGUGGUUGUGACCACAGUGGGCUGCCUCUCUGUGGUGUAUGUGAUGGUAGCACUCUGGGCAAGGAGGAAAGACAUUCAGGACAAUGCUAAGGUGAAGAUCACAGUGCUAGAGGACAACGAUCCCUUUGCCCGGUACCAUUACCUGGUGACAGUCUUUACUGGACAUCGACGGGGAGCAGCUACCACCUCCAAGGUGACAGUCACUCUUUAUGGACUGGAAGGAGAAAGUGAGCCUCACCACUUAUCAGAUCCAGAUACCCCAAUCUUUGAGCGAGGUGGGGUGGAUGUCUUCUUGCUGGCUACUCUCUUUCCACUUGGGGAACUGCAGAGCAUCCGACUAUGGCAUGACAACUCUGGAGACAGGCCAUCCUGGUAUGUCAACCGUGUGUCAGUCCAUGAUCUGACACUGGAUCAGAAAUGGUAUUUCCUCUGUAAUUCUUGGUUGUCCAUUGAUGUUGGUGACUGUAUCCUAGACAGGAGGUUCCCAGUAGCUACAGAACAAGAUAUGAAACAAUUCAGCCACCUGUUUUACAUGAAGUCCUCUAAAGGUUUCCAGGAUGGACACAUUUGGUAUUCAAUUUUCAGCCGCUCCCCUCGAAGCUCAUUUACAAGAGUUCAAAGAGUGUCCUGUUGCUUUUCUUUGCUCCUCUGCACUAUGCUGACCAGCAUCAUGUUCUGGGGGAUCCCCAAAGAUCCAGCUGAGCAGAAAAUGGAUUUUGGCAAAAUUGAAUUCACUUGGCAGGAAGUGAUGAUUGGUUUGGAAAGCUCCCUCCUUAUGUUCCCCAUCAACCUACUUAUUGUUCAGAUCUUCCGGAACUCAAGACCUUGGACACCCAAAGACGAGAAAAUUGGGAAGGGUCCUAUGUCUCCCCAGCCCCCUCCUUCCCCUGAGGCUUCACAGGAAACCUUCCUCACCUCUGAGACUGUAACAAAGGAUAUUUGGAGAAUUGUCAACUCAUUGCUUAAAACUCUGAAGAUUUCAUCACCUGCUCUUGGCUCAGAUCUGGGGAAAUCAAUGGAUAUCAAUAAACUAUUGGCUUUAAUGGAAGAAAUCAUUUGCCCGCAUAACAAAGCUGGGCAAGAUUUUAAUGAGGAGGGUAGGAGGAAAAAGGAUGUUUCCAUCUUCACCCUUACGACUUUCAACUUAAAAGAGCAAACUAGAAUUCCCAGAAUCAAGAAGGAGAUGAAGAGUUGGCUCCAGAGCAGUGGCUACAGUCAUUAUCUCUUUAUGCAUCUUCAACAUGUAGAGAAAGAACUCGAAUUUCUGGAGCCUCAUGAUUUCCAGGAUCCUAAGAGUCAUGCACAGGCAAUGGUGCAGGUCCAAACCCUGAAAAGCCUUCUAGGAAACCAGGAUAGUUCCCAAGAACCAGCCAGCACAAGAAUCCAGUCCACAGUCUCUGCUAGCCCAAGAUUACCCUGGUGGUUUGUCCUUAUUGGCUGGCUGCUUGUUGUGAGUACUAGUAGUGUUGCAGCCUUCUUCACCAUGCUGUAUGGGCUGCACUAUGGGAAAGACAACUCCAUCAAAUGGCUUCUUUCCAUGGCAGUCUCAUUUGUGGAAAGCGUUUUUAUAACCCAGCCCCUGAAGGUACUGGGAUUUGCUGCCUUUUUUGCCCUAGUCUUGAAAAAAGUCGAUCAAGAGGAAGACUAUACAGCACCUAUAGCUGAACAUCUAUGUGGCCCAGAUUCAGAUGUUUUCUUCCGAGCCCGUAGGGACAGUCAAAGAGGCAUCUACCAACCACCUCUUGAUGCUGAUGUCAAAAAGAUGAAGAAGAAUCGCCUCAAAGAGCAGAAAGCUUUUGCCUUAAUUCGAGAAAUAUUAGCUUACAUAGGGUUCCUAUGGAUGCUUUUGCUGAUUGCUUAUGGACAAAGGGAUCCCAAUGCCUACUACCUCAACAGGCACCUAGAGAACAGUUUCUCUACAGGGCUACAGGGAGUGCUCAGUUUCCAAGAAUUUUUUGUAUGGGCCAAAACCACAUUAUUACAUAACUUGUACAGUUCAUAUUCAGGCUUUAUUACCGAUGGAAACUCAAAACUGGUUGGCAGUGCCCAGAUCCGCCAAGUCAGAGUCCGCAAUGACUCUUGUCCUGUCACUCAGGAGCUACGGGCUUUUCUUCAGGAGUGUCAUGCACCAUAUUCCCUGGAGGCUGAAGAUAUGUCUGACUACGGUGAAGGUUGGAAUAGCUCUACUUGCAACGAAAGCUCCUCCCUGUCCCAGGCUUGGCAGUACCAAAGUCAGACACAGCUACGAGGCCAUCCCAUCUGGGGCAAAUUGACAAUCUAUCGGGGAGGAGGCUACGUAGUACAUUUGGGAACAGAUCCAAAGAACGCAUCAAGCAUUUUGGAGUAUCUCUUCAACAACACCUGGCUGGACACCUUCACUAGAGCAGUAUUUGUGGAGUUUACUGUCUAUAAUGCUAAUGUGAAUCUUUUCUGUAUCAUGACUCUGACUUUUGAAACAAACUCUAUAGGGGCCUUCAUUUCACAAGCAGAAUUGCAAAGUAUCCGACUUUAUCCUCUCACCAAUGGUCUACAUGUCUUUGUUGUAGCAGCUGAAGCUAUCUACUUCCUCUUUCUAGCCUACUAUAUGGGCAUUCAGGGUCGGCUCAUGAAGACUCAGAAAUGGAGCUAUUUCCGAAGUAAAUGGAACCUGCUAGAAUUAGCCAUCAUCCUUAUCAGCUGGAUUGCUUUAUCAGUGUUUGUGAAGAGAACUAUCCUGGGAGUCCGAGAUGUCAAGUACUACUUGACCCACAAGAACAAGGCUGUCAGCUUUGGAGAAACAGCUAGUGCAGAUGCAGUUCUGGGUUACCUGAUUGCAAUCCUGGUACUCCUGUCUACUGUGAAACUGUGGCAUCUGCUCAGGUUGAACCCCAAGCUAAAUGUGCUUACCUCUACCUUGCACAGAGCAUGGGGAGACAUCUCUGGAUUCAUCAUUGUCAUUACUAUCAUGUUCCUAGCCUACUCUAUAGUUACAAACUUGAUAUUUGGCUGGAAACUUCAUUCCUACAAAACCCUUUUUGAUGCGGCAGAAACAAUAGUCAGCCUGCAACUAGGGAUCUUCAACUAUGAAGAGGUCUUGGAUUCUAACCCUGUGUUGGGUUCUUUCUUGAUCGGUUCCUGCAUCAUCUUUAUGACAUUUGUGGUGCUAAACCUGUUCAUUUCAGUCAUCCUUGUUGCCUUUAGUGAGGAACAAAAAUAUCACCAGCCUUCAGAGGAAGAAGAGAUUGUUGAUUUGCUCUUAAUGAAAAUCUUCAGUUUCCUUGGCCUUAAAUGCAAGAAGAGUGAGGAUGUCAUGACUUCUGGUACAAGGCAACCUUGGACUGCUCAGGAAGAUGACAGGUUCGAAAAUUCACAGACAAGCAUGAAUGGAUAUCAACUGAAAAUGGUAUUGGAACAGUGGGAAUCAGCAAUUUUGCACAGGUAUUUUUUCCAUAUCUGUAAUGGCUUUUGUAAUUCUGCAAUUAUCCUUUGUGUGAUGCUUCAAUCUUUACUUGGAAUUCAGCUUGAAGCAUUGGGAGAUGUAGUUUAUUGUAGUCUUCCAGAAGUUGGAACAAAAUUGAACAAACAAGAUGAGUUUGGAGCGUUGGAAAGUGUGAAAGCUGCCAGUGAACUCUAUUCUCCACUAACAGGAGAAGUAACUGAAAUUAAUGUAGCUCUUGCAGAAGACCCAGGACUUGUCAACAAAUCUUGUUAUGAAGAUGGUUGGCUGAUCAAGAUGACUCUGAGCAACCCUUCAGAACUUGAUGAACUGAUGAGUGAGGAUGCUUAUGAGAGAUACAUAAAAUCUAUUGAGGACUGAACAUUGGACCCCCAAAUAAAUUGGCAAAAGAACACAGCCCCAUAUAGUUUUGUCCUAAAUUAGUGGUAUUUGGAAAGUUAGCAAUUUUUAACACUUCUGAAACACCAUGGCAUGGAAAAAAAAUUUAACUACUCAAAAAUGACUGGAUAAAAAUGCUUUUACUAUAUGCAUCUUUUGCACAAUUUCUUCCUAGUAAUUUUUAGUGUCUGUCUAGUUCUGAAUUCGUUGCAUCAUGUGUUGUGAAAAUGAAUUCUCAGACCAUGUACUUCAAAGCUAGCAUUUUAUCUGUAAAAAGCCUUAAAUCAGUAAUGUUAUAAUGGCCAUUCAACUCCAUCCAUUACCAGUUUUGUUCAAAAUAAAUUUGGUUUUCUGUCCAUGGGAAUAAUUUACUGAGAUUGGUUAGCUGGCUGGUGUCAGAUGAAAAGCAAUACAACUUAAUUUAAUUUCUGAAUAAACUGCUUGGCUGAAGCUAUUUUAUACAGAUGAAGCUUCAACCUUGUAGCAGAAUAGCUAAUGAAAUUUAAUAAAACUUUUUAAAAACCCUGA